AUGGAAGCAUUAGACAAAGAAGAAGAGAGGAGAAGAAGAAGAAAGAAACGACGAGUUAAGAGAUCAAGAGGAGUUAAACCAGUGAUACCACUGAAGCCAAGUCAAGAGAAGGACGUCGGGUUAAGGUCAUCUUUAUUGCAGCUAAAGAAAGCAUUGAAUGAUUUUCUGGAGAUGCAAACACAAACUAUUGGUUCCGUGAUGGAUGAAGAUGAAGGUGGUUCAAAGAGUCAUGCUGCGCCAAGCAGAAGCAGAAAAAAAGCUGGACUCUCUAUCCAAGAGAAUAGUGAGAAGAGAAAGGAGGAAGGACCCGUUGAAGAUCGAAUAUCAGGGUAG